AAACGCAGCAUGCUGGUGCCAGGAACAGUUGUUGCCGGCUUUCUGCUUCUGGGGUGAAACGCAAUCUUGAAAACGCCGGCGACGGGAGAAGAGUGUAGAUUGGUAAAUUAAAUGGGAAAUCAAAAGCAUAAGUGGACCGCGGAGGAAGAAGAAGCUUUGCUCGCUGGCAUUGGGAAGCAUGGCCCCGGGAAGUGGAAGAAUAUUCUCAAAGAUCCUGAAUUUGCCCCGUUUCUCACUCACCGUUCCAACAUCGAUCUGAAGGAUAAAUGGCGAAAUUUAAGUGUCAGUACUGCAGCUCAAGGAUCUAAAGAAAAAGCUAGGAAUCCAAAGAUUAAAACUACGGAAGCUUCUACACUUGCGGGCACGCAAAAUGCUUCUGUUGCUCCUCCACUCCGUCAAUGUGCACCUUCUGAUGCCGCCACAGAUGAUUCUUCUCACAAUGCACAGGAUGUCAAACAUGCUCCACAGUACAAUGCAAUGAUUUUUGAAGCCCUAUCAAUGAUAAGUGAUUCCAAUGGAUCUGACUUAAAUGCUAUUGUUAGCUUCAUUGAGCAAAAGCAUGAGGUUCCUCAAAAUUUCAGACGAGCAGUAGGUGCAAGGUUGAGGAAACUUGUUGAUCAAGGAAAACUUGAAAAGGUACAAAACUGUUACAAGAUGAAGAGAGCGACGCCCGUGGAGACAAAACCACCUGUACCAAAGCAAAACGAUUCUAAGUCACUUCAACCACCAGCCUCUGGAUUUACAGCAUCUCAGGAGACAGAAAUGGAUGCUGCGGAGAUCUUGGCAUACAGAAUUGCUGAAGCAGAGCACAAAUCACAUUGGGCUGCUGAAGCAGUCAAGGAGGCGGAAAAAUUCUCAAAGUUGGUUGAAGAUGCCGAUGCAAUGUUAAAGCUAGCGAAAGAGAUUUAUGAGCAAUGUUCACGGGGUGAAAUCAUCCUCUUUGCUUAGCUCACAGGGAAAUGUAAGGUCGUUUGAUGGAAUUCCAUUGAUUUUGGUAUUUAUGUAAAUUUUGUGAUCCCAUGAAAUGAUCUGUCUGAUACCCCCCCCCAAAAAAAAAAAAUCCCAAAAAAGGUUAUUUGGGAUUGAAAAGGUCUGUUAUGGCACAUUUCAAAUUUUCAAUACUUGUAUAGUUAAUAUCAAAAGCAGUGGUCAUUACUUGAGGUUGAUAGUUU